AUGAAGCUGCUGUUUCUGUUGAGCUUCCUGCUGUGCGCAAUUCUGGCCGCGGCCGGAAAGUAUCCGUGCCCAGCCUGUCCGGCCAACUAUCUGCCGGUGUGCGGUACCGAUGGCAAAACGUACGCCAACGAGUGUAUCGUGGAGUGUACCGUUGCACCGAAAGUUCAGGUGGCCCGUUUCGGCGAGUGCUAG